AUGCGAUCGAAUCCAUAUAUACCGUUAAUCGCUGCCUUAAUUGCCUUACUUUGUAUUGGUAUAGUGGUAGGCACUAUUGCUGUUGGUCUCAUUCCAGUAUAUUUGCAACAAAAGGGAGAUGAUAUUAGCGUUCCUACUAACUCUAAUCCACAAGUUUACGCUUUGAGUUAUAUAACAAAUUCAAAAAAUCCAACUUCAUACUCAAUAGAAGAUAUGAAUGCAUUGAGUGCACAACUGAACCAAGCAUUGAAUCUAAAGGAAUUGGUCACGACGACAGCUAAAUAUGUACCACCAACAAGCAGCAGCAGCAGAAAGAGAAGAGCAGCAACUGAAUGUGCAAAGGGGCAAAAUACAAAAAAUGGUAUAUUUGAAAUGGAAUUCCGAAUUGACUAUUCCAAAGCAUGUCGAACACAAGCGUGUCAACGAAAAUUGGCUGAUCAAGUUAAUUCACACAUUACAAGGCUUUUCCCAUCAAUUAAUCUAUCAGUUAAUUUGCCUAAUGGUACUUCAAUCAGUUUUUCAUUGAGUUUCUGUUCGCUGAAACCAGCUGUUAGUACAUCCACAACACAGCAAACUUCAACAACCUACACUCCCAAUCUGUCUAGCUCAACUACAUCGACAGCCUCUACAUCAAUAACGGCUACAUCAACAACCACUGCACCGACAACUGCUACAUCAACAACCACUGCAUCAAUAACGGCUACAUCAACAACCACUGCAUCGACAACGGCUACAUCAACAACCACUGCAUCAAUAACAGCUACAUCAACAACCACUGCACCGACAACUGCUACAUCAACAACCACUGCAUCAAUAACGGCUACAUCAACAACCACUGCAUCAAUAACAGCUACAUCAACAACCACUGCAUCAAUAACGGCUACAUCAACAACCACUGCAUCGACAACUGCUACAUCAACAACCACUGCAUCAAUAACGGCUACAUCAACAACCACUGCACCGACAACGGCUACAUCAACAACCACUGCAUCAAUAACGGCUACAUCAACAACCACUGCAUCGACAUCAACAUCAACAAUAACAACAGCACCAUCAUGUAAGGACGGAAUCAAGAAUAAUGGUGAAUCAGAUGUGGACUGUGGUGGGAUACAAACACCCCGUUGUUUUAGAUGUCGUACUAAUAAAGCAUGUACGCAAGGUUCAGACUGUGGUAGCUCGCGCUGUGUAUCGAAUCUAUGUGCGUGA